AUGGAGGGAUUAUCGUUGACAGCUCUCGACAGCUCUCGACAGCUCUCGACAACCAAGGCUCCUUCGACUCGCCUGACAUCAUGGAGAGACUGUCUGCCAAACGGCGCCGCUGCUAUCAUCGUCAGCUACGAAGCAAUCCUACAACCCCACAGCCUCGUCAGCAACAAGCUCAUCAACGGCAUUGAGAAAGCAUAUCCGUUCACCUCAAACUCAAUGCCAAUGCCCGGCACACGUGGCAUCCUUGCACGGCUCCUCCCGACGAACUCUCACGGCAUGACGACCACUCCGGCAGAACUUCUGCCGUAA